UUUUCUGCUUUCAGUUCCUCUGUUACAUUUCUUACCUGUCUUAAUUUGUUUUAGCUACUUGGUUGGAAUUUCGCUCUUGUUUGCAGCGAGAUUAUUUCAUGGAGUGUUUGUGAGUAGAUCUCAUGGAACCUUUCCUUUCCUUUUCCAGCCUGUCUAAAUUGACCAAUGCUCCUGGAGAUUUUAAUGCAGCACAUCCAUAUCAUUUAAGAGCUCUGACAUCCUGACUAAUAUUUGCCUGUGAUUUGUGUACAGACAAUAACCUGAGGUUGCUCAGGAAGGUCUUGCUAAAGAUUUGCUACCUGCCUUGCUUGCUCUGCCAAGAAUAACAAAGAGGCAAGGAAAGGGUAAAAAUUUGGCUUGCAUCCACAAAGAUACACAAGACAUUCACACUUCUGAUGAUAGUCUUCAUUUGCUUUCAUGUUGCAGGCUAUGUCUCCCACCCUGAUGGAUAUGGCUCUGCAUUCCUUUGAUGACCAGUACCUGGGGUGGAGAGAAGAGAUGAUGGAAGAACUGGAGCAAGGAGACUGUUUUCAAAAGGAAAUAGCUGAUAACAAGGACUACUUUCGUCUCUGGAAGAAGGCUCAGGAGGCUUUGCUAAAGAGCCCUGUAGGUCUCCUGAGGGAAAUGCGUGCCAGUCAUGCCAUAGUCCUCAUGGCUUACACCAUGAACUCCUCCCUGCACUCACAGCUGAACCAGGCUACAUCUACAGCAAGAAUCUCUCCAGAGCACUACAGACACAAGUUCAGUUUUAAAUAUUUUCACUUUUACCUAACAAUUGCUAUCCAGAUAUUGAAGGAAUGGCAGAGCAGCAGGGGGGAACAUAAGUGCCACCAGGUGCACAGGGGUGUAAAGGACUUACAUAUCGAGGCCAAGCUAGGCAGCAGGGUGCGAUUUGGCCAUUUCACUUCUACCUCUCGCCUCAGGAGUGAAGCCCAGAAGUUUGGGAAUGAAACUUUGUUCACUGUGACCACUUGCCUGGGAGCAGCUAUGCAAGGCUUUUCUUAUCACAUAUCUGAGAAGGAAGUCCUCAUUCCCCCUUAUGAGAUAUUUCUUGUCAAAAUCUUCUUUCAGACCCAGCAGGGCAACCAGCUGCAUCUGCAUUCUGUGGGGAACUCCAGCAAGUACCAGUGCCAGCUGGUGGAAGCUUCAAGAAGCGAGAACAGUGGUUAUACUGCAUUCACCUCUGUCAUUCUCCCUGGUGUGCUUGGAGUUUCUCUGUGCUUGGCCCACAGUCUCUGAUUCUUUGGCUGCAUCCAGACAUGUGCCCUUGAAUAGCAAGAAGCCUCUGGAGUUCCUGCUGCUACAGAAGGUUCAAUCUUCCCUUUGCUUUCAG